AUGCAUCUUCUUUUCAAGGGAGUCCAUUUUUUAAGAACUCCACAGUUAACCGUGCUUAGUGGGGAGCAAUCUUAUAGGAUGAGUGGCCUUCUAGGAAUCAUCACUACACCUGAAGAACUUAUUGAAUUCCUGGAGAUUGAUGGAGAGAGUACCGAUGAUAAAAGGAAGCGGAUAUUGUCUGAUAAACCUGUAGUGGCUAUUGCUUCUGGCGCUACUAUCGUUCUGGGGGCAUCUUCCUUUAGUAAAGCUGUUCCAGUGACAUCCGUGGUAAAGGUGGUUAUGUCAAAUGUUCCAGCAUCUUUGAAGCUUUUUUUUACGCAUACGCACAAAGCAACUGCAUUUGCACUGAGCAAGUUUCUUGGUCCGUCAAAAAUUGUGGCUCCGAGCUUUGCAAGUUUUGGAGCUAAAGCAUCCACCGCAUUCAAAGCAGCUGCUUCCGCAGAGAAAAUUCGUGCUGUUACUCAUAGUGUUUUAGCUUCUGCUCAAAAGACCAGCUUUUCAGCCACAAGAGCUGCGUUUUAUGAGAUAAUGAGGAAACGGCGGAUUCAGCCGAUUGGGAGCAUGCCAUGGGCUACCUUUGGCUUCAGCAUUGUGAGUUGUGCUGGGUUGCUUCUGUAUGGGGAUGGAAUUGAAUGUGUUGCUGAAUCUCUUCCUGCAGCCCAUUCAAUUGCUAGCUUGGGUCGAGGUAUCCAAAAUAUGCAGCAGGCAUCCCAAUCCAUGGGACACUCAUGUGGACAGAAGAUUGAAAAAGCUAUAGAGUCACUGAUGCACCACUUUCAUAUAGUGAAGAUACAAUAGAGUGAGAAUUAUUGCCUACUUUUUUUUAUAUUAUUAUAGUCGUCAAUGAUGGUGAUUCCUUCAUUAAAUUAUUUUGGAAUUUUAGUGUAUAUUAUUUUGGGAUUCCUUCAUUAAAUGAAUAAGAUGAAGGCUGCUGUCUAUAAAACCAUGAAACUGAUGAAGAAAAUGAGGAAGUGGCCGUUUCUCC